CCCCCGGGCAGUGGGACGGGGCUCACGGAGCAGAGCACCACGUCCAUCCCUGCUGGGACACCACCAUGGAGCUGCCGUGGGUGCUGCUGGCGCUGGUUGGGAUGGGCACAGCCACGGACCUUGCCCUGCUGCCCUACGUGCCCCGCGUGCCCCCCGGGGCGCUGCUGGGGAAGGUGACGGCCACCACCUUCGCGCUGGAGAUGCCCUGCUGUGUCUUCGAGGGGGACACCAACGCCUCCGACGCCGUCUGGCUGGUGGUGGCUUUCGCCAACGCCUCGGACACCUUCAAAAACCCCCCGACCCGGGCUGACGUGCCCCCCUACGAGGGGCUGCCCACCACCCACUCCUAUAUGACGCUGGAGACGGUGGCAGCCACGUACUCCUGCUCGGCGUCCACCAUGGAGGUCCUGCGUGUCGGGGGUGAUACAGCCUGCGGGGGACAGGGCGGCCAGGACCCCUGCAAUGGACCCCUGCCCUCCCCGGGACCCUACAGGGUGAAGUUCCUGGCGAUGGGCUGCCACGGCCCCAAAGCAGAGACACAGUGGUCUGACCCCAUCCUCCUGCGGAGAGCUGCCAGCCCCAGCACCAUCGACCCCGUGCCCACGCGUCAUGGCAGCGCCGUGGUCAUCAUCACCUCCAUCCUUGCCAGCCUGGGGGCCGCGCUGGCCGUGGCAGCGAUCGGCACCGUGGGCACUGUGGUGUGGGGGUCCCUGUGCCACCGGGAUUCGGGGACCGGCGCCUUCGCCCACAGGUCCUACAGGACCCACCACAUCCCCCCAGCCCUGCCCCAGCCCCUGCCCCCCGGUUGCAGCUGGGCUGUUGCCGUGGAGGACAGGGGCACUGGACCCCAAAAAACUCCCCAUGGUCUUGGCUUGGUGACAUUUGGUGCCAGAGGGGGCCAUUUGCCAGCACCAGUGCGGUCUGCAGGAAGCCCCGAGGUGGGCAUCACCCUGGGGUAG